UAAUAUAUAUUUAUAAAAAAAAUAAAAAAAACUUUGAGUGUAAAAUAAGAAACUCUCACCCAAAAAUAUAAUAAUAAUAAAAACAAAAAUCCUUUUUUUACCCUCAAAAAGCCAAAACCCUCCAUAUAAUAAACUUCCCCGGUUCCCCCCUAUAUAAAUAACAACCAUAUAACCCCUCAAAUCCUUCUUCAUCUCCACCAAAAAAUCAUAUGUAAAUUUCUGUGUAAACUAUAAUGAGCAACAUCCCAAUUUCUUUAAGUAAUUCUUCUCUUACUCUUUUUCAUCUUACAAUUUCUUCUUCUGAUCCUUGGCCUUUUUCUCUCUUUUGUUUAUAACACACAAUUAUUCUUAAAACUCUCUCUAAAAUCCCCUCAAAAUCACAAACUUUGAUUAUUUUUUUUUCAUAUUUGCAAACAACGUACAAUAUGGGUAGUGGUGAAAAACAUCAUAUGAUCAAUUUUAACCUCUACAUCUCUCAUCUCCUCCAUCAUCAUCAUAAUCAUCAUCAUCAUCAUCAUCAUCGUAACAAAGAUGAAAUCAAGGGUGUACCAAAAGGAUGCAUGGUAGUUUUAGUUGGACAUGAAGGAGAAGAAAAACUUGAAAGGUUUGUAAUUCCAAUUGUUUAUACUAAUCAUCCUAAGUUCUUGGAUCUUCUUAAAGAAGCUGAAGAAGAGUAUGGAUUUAAUCAAAAGGGUCCCAUUACUAUUCCAUGUCAUGUGGAGCAAUUUCGUCAUGUUCAAGGCUUGAUUGAUCGUGAAUAUCAUAUGAUGAAUUAUCCGCAUCAUCAUCAUCAUCAUCAUGAUCAACAUCAUCAUCAUCAUAAUUUCUUGUGCUUUAAGGCUUGAAUUUGGGAGUACUUUGUCAAGAUGUAAAUUUUAGGUUCUUGAUUUGGUUUCUUUUUCUUUCUUUUUUUUUGUUUGUGAUUUUUGUGGGGUUUUUUUUUUCUUUGCGUGAGAUAAAAACUCAAGGGAUUAAUUGUAGUUGAUAACGAUGAAAACAUUGGUUACGAAUAUUAUUAUAAUACUAUUGUUAUUAUGUUAUUAUGUUA